GUGAGUGAGAUACAGAUCCUGAGAUAAAUAGCAAAGGGAUGUAGAAAGAAGUUACUAUUUAAACCGACAAGGAAACAGAGUUUCUGAAUUUUUUUGUCUGUAAACUAGAGAAGAAAUCAUAGGAAUGCAGAGUUAAGAGGUUCUCAUACAUCAUCUGCUUGGGUUUUAAUUGCUGUCUGUUUGGUUUUAUUUGCUGAUAAUCUGUAGUGAUGAAAGUGUGGGCUCUUCUGUUGUCACUGUUAGUGACCGCGAAUGCUUUACGGAGGAUCACUCUGAGGAAAAUGCCUUCCAUUCGAGAGACUCUUAAGGAGACAGGGGUCACACCAAAGGAAAUGUUGGCAAUACUUGCACCAAAGUUGGAUUCCAGCCCUUCACUUCACAAUGGCACGGCCACAACACCUUUAACCAACUAUCUGGAUACUCAGUACUUUGGAGAGAUUAGUAUUGGUACCCCAGCACAGGUUUUCAAUGUUGUGUUUGAUACCGGCUCUGCAAAUCUGUGGGUGCCCUCACAGAGCUGUUCUCCACUAUACACAGCAUGCUUUACUCAUAACAGAUACGAUGGAUCCAAAUCCCACACACAUAUUCAAAAUGGAUCCGGAUUCUCCAUUCAGUAUGCUUGCGGAAACGUCCGUGGAUUUUUGAGCGAGGAUGUAGUUGUAGUGAGUGGUAUCCCAGUGGUGCAAGUGUUUGCAGAGGCCACAGCUCUCCCAGCCAUUCCAUUCAUCUUUGCGAAGUUUGAUGGAGUGCUGGGAAUGGGAUAUCCGGAGGCAGCUAUUGACGGCAUCACACCAGUGUUUGAUCGUAUCAUGUCUCAGGGCGUGUUAAAGGAGGACAUUUUCUCCGUGUAUUACAGCAAAGACCCAGAACACAUCCCAGGAGGAGAAUUGGUGUUGGGUGGCACAGAUCCAAAUUACUACACAGGAUCCUUCCAUUAUGUCACUACCAAGGGUGAGGGCAAGUGGGAGAUCAUUAUGAAAGGCCUAUCUGUUGGGGAUGCAACGUUGUUCUGUACAGAAGGCUGCAAUACUAUGAUUGACACAGGCUCCUCCUACAUCACUGGCCCUGCCUCUUCUGUCUCUGCUCUGAUGAAGAUGAUUGGUGCUGUGGAGCUGGCAGAGGGAGGAUAUACAGUGAACUGUGAUCUAGUGAUGUCCUUACCCAGUGUGACCUUUCAUCUUGGCGAUCAGGAGUACUCUCUGACACAGGAAGACUAUGUUCUCUGGCAUUCACAGUUUGGGGAGAACAUCUGCACGGUGACAUUUAGAGACCUGGACCUUCCACCUCCUGCUGGUCCUGUAUGGAUACUGGGGGCUAAGUUCAUUGCCCGAUAUUACACAGUGUUUGACCGAAAAAAGAAUCGCAUUGGCUUUGCUCAAGCAGUGUAACACACUACAGGGGCCUCACAGAUAGUACUAUACUAUACCAUAUUACACUAUAAUACACCAACACACUAUACCAUAUCACAAAAUACUACACCUUCACACAUAACAUAUCACAUCACACCCUACCUGACAUCAUGUUAUAUCACACCAUCACACUAUACAUCGUCCAGGUAUAACAUUAUGACAUUACAUCAUUAUGA